AUGCCAAGAUUUGUUCAGACACGUUUUCUCCAAACAUGUACUAUGUUCUUGUCUGAACAAGCCUGUAAAGGGAAGAAAGUCUCUUACAAAGAGAGACUAAGAAUUGGUAUUGUUGAUAAUAAGAAAGAUGAUGUUGUUGAGCUCUUCAAAUCCAUGCUUUUGUCUCGUCCUCUUCCUAGUAUCAUACAUUUCAGUAGAUUGUUUAGUGCUCUUGCCAAGACAAGACAGUACGAACUCGUGUUAUCCCUCUGCCAGCAAAUGGAGUUUCAAGGGAUGAAACAUAACAGCUACACUGUGAAUAUAAUAAUCAAUUGCUUCUGCCGUCUCCGGAAACUCGGUUUUGCUUUUUCUAUUAUGGGAAAAGGCUUGAAGCUUGGGUAUGAGCCUAACACAAUCACGUUUUCAACUCUUGUAAACGGGUUAUGUCUCCAAGUUGAUAGAAUGGUGGAAAUGGAAGUUAGACCAAACUUGGUAACGCUAAACACUCUUGUCAAUGGACUUUGUUUGAAUAGUAAAGUGUCUGAAGCUGUAGCACUAGUUGAUAGGAUGGUGGAGAAUGGAUGUCAACCUGAUCAGUUUACUUAUGGUCCGAUUUUGAACAGGAUUUGUAAGUCAGGGGACACUUCCUUGGCCUUGGAUCUGCUCAGGAAGAUGGAAGAUAGAAAGAUGGGAGCGUUGAAGAUGCGCUUAAUCUUUUCAAUGAAAUGGAAACGAAAGAACACUCUCAUAGGAGGGUUUUGUAACGCUGGUAGAUGGGAUGAGGCUGCACAGUUGAUGAGAGAUAUGAUCACAAGGGGAAUCACACCCAACGUCAUCACAUUCAGUGCACUGAUUGACAUUUUUGUGAAAGAGGGAAAGCAUGUUGAGGCUAAAGAAUUGUACAAUGAGAUGAUUGCAAGAGGUAAAGAUCCUGAUACCGUUACAUAUAAUACUUAG